AUCAAAACCGAGAAGCACAUGUUAAAGGAAAACAUAACCAGAGAAGAAGCCAGCUGACGAGCUGUGAAACAACAUGAAGAAGUGUGAGAUUUGUUCGGCGAAUGUAGCCAAGUAUAAGUGUCCUGGCUGUCUGGCCCAGACUUGCUCUCUUCCUUGUGUCAAACGACACAAAGCAGACAUGGGCUGUAAUGGGCAACGCAAGAAAACAAAUUUUGUCACCAAGAAAGAUUAUACAGACGGAAAUCUCCUAAACGACUAUAGAUUCUUGGAGGAGACAAACAGAAAAGUUGACAGUACACAAAGAGAUCGUCUUAAACAGCGAAGUAACAAACCAAACUUUCUGAUCAAAUUAGUAAAAGAAGCCAGAAAAAGGGGGAUAAAUCUGAAGAUCAUGCCUUAUCCAAUGGCAAAAAGGAAACACAACAUGACCAUGUACCAACACAAGUUACAGACCAUAUUUUGGAAUGUUCAGUGGCUGUUUCCACAAUCUAAAGCCAAAUUUACAUCUAAAAGAUUGUCUGAGCAUCUUACCCUGGAGGAGCUGCUGAAGGUGUUUGUACACCCCACGGAAUCCGACCCCGUCAAACGACAUGCCCUCAAGGUUUACGGCCAGAAGGGGCUGCAGAACUGUCGACUGUUCAUGAAAGUCGAAGAGAGACCCGCCAAUGAUGUUAGGUUCCAUGAGCUGUGCCUGAAGAAAAGUUUGCAGAAGAAUCUGGUGGGGAAGUGCAUAGUGGAGUAUCCAACAAUUCAUGUGGUUCUGGAGGACCACUGUCAACACUACAGUGUCCUAGAUACAGUCACAGAUUCCGAUUUUGAUGAUACAUCUUGUUCUAUGGAGGAAGUGACUAGUUCACCACUAUCAGACAAAUGUCAAGUUGUGAUAAGGGACGAGUCGAAUACGCCCACAGACUGCGUGGUAGCAGAGCAUGCACCAACACAGACCAGCGCACUUUGUGAUGUAGGCGAACCAGUGUUAAGUACACCUCCCACUCUGAUGAUGUCUGCAGAUUCAAGCAUGACCCACAAGACCACAGAGUUUCCUUCAGAUAGCUGUGGUACUGUGAUAGAUAACGGAGAGCAGCGAUGUGGUGAGGACGAUACAUCAGAUGAGACUGUAGACGGGCAUCAAUCUAGUGUUUCGCUAACACACAGUGCACAAUGUAAUGUCACAGUAAUUACAAAUUAAACAUGGCUUUCAAUUCA